CAAAAUUAUCAAAGUGUACAAACUACAAAAUGUAAAUUUUCAGUUUGGGUGUAAAUCUGAACUAAGAGAAUCAUGACUUUGUUGUUUAAUACCAGUAGUGCUUUUCUUAUAAGUCACAGUGAAUACAUAUCCCAAAUAUUUAAAUCUGUUAAAGUAGAGAAUGAAUCUCAUCACUAUUUGUUAUCACCAAAAAUAUUUGCUAUCAAAAAUAAAAUGCAUGAAAUAAAUAACAAAAGGCCACGGAAAUGUGAUGAAGUAUUAAAAGAAACUGGAAUAAUAAGAGAACUGUACCAGACUUUCCUCACAAAGAUACCAGAGGGUAUGAGAGAAAACAUAUUUCAAGAUGAUUAUGAAACAGCCGAAGUAAGAGAACACUCUAAAAGGCUUUUUGAACUUACUCAAUUUGAUUAUAACGGCUUGAAGGGAGGCAACAAUUCUGAUGAUGCUCUUAAGUGCCUCAUUAAAGAUGAAUAUUUUUUGAUACCACCAAAAUCAAGGUUUCUGUGCGGGUGUGUGAAGGAGCAAUCUAAAGGGCUGGCUGGAAAUAAAUAUGACAUUGUGAUUGCUGAUCCACCCUGGUGGAACAAAUACAUCAGAAGACUGAAGAGUGCCAAUAAUAAGAUGAGUUACUCAAUGAUGUACAAUGAAGACAUAGCAUCUAUACCUGUGAAAGAGCUUUUUGCAGACAAGUGCCUUGUAGUAGUAUGGUGUACUAAUGCCGCAAGCAAUAUAGAUGCAGUGAAAAACCUGAUUUUUCCACAAUGGGGUGUGAAGUACAUGGCUACUUGGUACUGGUUGAAAUUAGCAGUGGAUUUGGAACCGAUAUGUAGUUUUGGAUCGGGUUGUAAGAAGCAGCCAUAUGAAAGAGUCAUCAUUGGGUGUGUAGGGGAAAUGAAGGAGAUACCAGAUAAUAUUUUGUUUGCGAGCGUACCAAGUGCUUUACAUUCACACAAGCCUCCUUUACUUGACUUACUGCAAAAGUUUACUGACAACAAGGAGCCUGCAGUGUUGGAACUAUUUGCCCGAUAUCUACUGCCAAAUACUACCAGUGUGGGAUAUGAACCUUUGAAAUGGCAACACAUUUCAUUAUAUGAGAAGUUAUAGCA